UCCCGCAGUGACGUCAUUUGCCGGCGACGGCUGUGUGGUUUCCCGCACGCGGCUCUGUUGUCGGGCAUGGAGGCGGCUGACCCCGCCGGGGUGGCGGGUUCUUCCCCGGAGCUGGCGGUCUGCGGGGACCUGAUGGUGGUCACCGGUGGAGCCAAGCUCUUGGCGGCCCUUUACAAAGAGCCUGGGAAUGAAGAUAUUUUCAUUUAUGACUGUUCCACAGCAACAGAGAAACUUCAACAGAAUCAAGGAGAUGACGGAAAGUCAGCGGGUGAAGCAAGUAACGAUAUCCUUGCCUGCACGUUUUCUUCAUCAGGAACCUACUUUGCUCUGACUGAUGACAACAAACGACUGAUCCUUUUUCGUACAAAACCGUCUUGGGAAUGUCUGAGUGUAAGGUCUGUCAUUAGAAGAUGUACUUCCCUGAUUAUAACAGCGGCAGAAGAUAAGAUACUAGUUGCUGACAAAUCAGGUGAUGUCUAUUCGUACUCAACAACAGAGCCUGAGAAUGCAGGAACAAUUGAACUUGGUCACUUGUCUCUUCUGUUGGAUGUGGCGCUGAGUCCCGAUGACCAGUAUAUCCUGACCGCUGACCGUGAUGAGAAGAUACGAGUUAGUUUGACUAGAGCGCCACAUAACAUUGUGUCCUUCUGCCUGGGACACAGAGAAUUUGUCAGCAAAAUAUUUGUAAUACCAAACUAUCCAGAACUUCUCUUAUCAGCUUCUGGGGACUGCACAUUGAGGCUCUGGGAAUACAAAAGUGGGAAGGAAGUGCACUGCUGUCAUCUGAGUAGUUUGAGUACAUCUGAGGCUCCCCCAAAUGAGAAGAAAUAUGCAGUCUCCAGGACAGCCUAUUGUUGUGAAGGAAAUUACAUUGCCAUUUUAUAUGACUGUCUUCCCACAGUUUCCAUCUUCCAGCUUGACCCCGAGACUCAGAAACUCAUUCACAAACAGAACAUCCCCUUGAUCUGCAAAGGCUGGGCCAUUGCAUUUGAGAAAACAGGGGGGCUUUGGAUUCUGCAGGAGGACAUGCAGACACCUCUUCUGUUCUAUCAGCCUGUGAAUGGACAAUGGCAGUCUUCUACUGAAGAGAGAGGGUUGAUUAAAAUGUCAAAGUGCAUCCGUGACAACUGGACAGCGUUUGAAGCUUUGAUAGUUCUUCAGCAGACAAUCACAAUUUCUCUUCUGUUACGAGAUGGGAGAGGAAUAUUUAAACCUUGAAUGAAUUGUUGCUGAAAAGAAAAUCUAGCAAAGCCUUAACGUUGUCCAGUCAAGUGGAAAGGCUAAUAGAUAUGUAAAUUAUUAUUUUUUAUUAUCUUCUCUACUGAGCCAGAUCAGCUUCUCUUAUAACACAUUUGACUUCUGUGGGGUAACGGGGCUGCGUACUAAUUAAUGUCAUUAAAAAAACCCCAAAAUCAUGAUGACAGUUCAAGGCAGAAAGCCAAGACCAUGGCCUGAUCUAACAAAACAAUUUUUACUUUCUUAGCAUUUGUAGUUGCCUAUUUUCUCCUUCCCAAAGCACCCAGUGCCCCUUUAGUACUCACAUUGGCUUAUUAUUGGUUGUACAAAUUCAGAUUUUAAGGUUUUAAGUCUCCUUUCUUGACAUGCACAGAAGACAGACCCUCAGUGCGUGGAAAACACAUGCCUAUGAGCCUGUUCC